UCCUAACGAUUGCUACUCUUUUAAGUCUUCCUCUGCUUAGGAUCAGGACAACCAUUAAACUGAGAGACUUUGUGGCCAUGGCUGCCUCUCUCCAAUCCGCCUCUACGUUCCUUCAGUCCGCUAAAAUCAUCACCGCUCCUUCACGUGGCAGUGCUCACCUCCGGUCGACUCAGACAGUCGGGAAAUCUUUCGGACUAGAAACAUCCUCUGCUCGCCUCACAUGUUCCUUCCAAUCUGACUUCAAGGACUUCGCCGGUAAAUGUUCCGACGCUGUCAAAAUCGCUGGAUUCGCUCUCGCAACCUCUGCUCUCGUCGUCUCGGGAGCAAGUGCAGAGGGAGCUCCGAAGAGACUAACUUACGACGAGAUUCAGAGCAAGACUUACAUGGAAGUUAAGGGAACUGGAACUGCCAACCAGUGCCCAACUAUUGACGGUGGCUCUGAGACUUUCUCCUUCAAACCCGGAAAGUACGCUGGCAAGAAGUUCUGCUUCGAGCCUACUUCCUUCACCGUCAAGGCUGAGAGUGUUAGCAAGAAUGCGCCUCCUGAUUUCCAGAACACCAAGCUCAUGACCCGUCUCACCUACACUCUUGACGAGAUCGAAGGCCCCUUCGAGGUUUCUUCUGACGGAAGCGUUAACUUCAAGGAAGAAGACGGCAUCGACUACGCUGCAGUCACUGUCCAGCUUCCAGGAGGCGAGCGUGUGCCAUUCCUCUUCACCGUCAAGCAGCUUGACGCCUCCGGCAAACCAGACAACUUCACUGGCAAAUUCUUAGUCCCUUCAUACCGUGGCUCCUCCUUCUUGGACCCUAAGGGCCGUGGUGGUUCCACAGGAUAUGACAACGCCGUUGCAUUGCCAGCUGGAGGCAGAGGCGACGAAGAGGAGCUUUCUAAGGAGAACGUGAAGAACACGGCAGCUUCGGUGGGAGAGAUCACUUUGAAAGUGACCAAGAGCAAACCUGAGACAGGAGAAGUGAUCGGAGUGUUCGAGAGUCUUCAGCCGUCGGAUACUGACUUGGGUGCCAAGGUACCAAAGGAUGUGAAGAUCCAAGGGGUGUGGUAUGGUCAACUUGAGUGAUCAUGUUAUCAUAUCUAAACAUCUUCUGUUUGUAUUUGAUUACAAUGAGUACAUCUUUUGAUGCUUCUUCUUCUUCUAUUAUAAAAAAAAAUGCACAUGCCCUAAAUCUUAAGGUUUUUUUGUAUCCAUAUAUAGUUCUAUUCAACUUUAAUCAUAUGGUAUAAUGCUGAG